AUGCGGCGCAGCGGGCGCUCCGCGGACGGGCUUUCCAGGAUGAGGCUGGUCGCGCUCCUGGUGGGCUUUGCGGGCGCCGCUGCCGCCCUCCUGCUGCGCGCCCCGCCGCCGCCGCCGCUGCUGCUGCUGCUACUGGCGCUGCCGCCCCUGCUGGCGCUGGCCGCGGCUGGCCUUGCCCUGGCGGUGCUAGCGCUACGGCCCAAGCGGGUGAUCCGCCCCCUGGACCAGGUGGGCUACCUGACUGAGCCCGGCUGGACCCGCGCGCAGAGCGCCGGCCGGACGCGCAAGAACCGGCGGACCAGCCAGCUGCCGCCCGUUUACCCCAAUGGCUGGUUCCGGGUCCUCGGCUCCGCCGAGCUGGCCCGCGGGGAGGUGCGCAACGUGGCCGCGCUAGGGGAACAGUUUGCUGUGUUUCGGGGCUUGGACGGGAAAGCGUAUGUUAUGGAUGCAUACUGUCCACACCUCGGGGCCAACCUUGCAAUUGGUGGCCACGUGGUGGGCAGUUGCAUCGAGUGUCCCUUCCAUGGCUGGAUGUUCUCUGGAAAGGAUGGGAGUUGCACCAAGAUUCCAUAUGCUGAAAAAGUACCUGAAUUUGCAAAGACAAAAGUUUGGCCAUCAUGUGAAGUUAACGACAUGAUCAUGGUAUGGUAUCACUGUGAUGGCUUCAGCCCAGCAUGGCAAGUCACCGAGCAAGAAGAGCUGUCAUUGCACAAGUGUGUCUUCCGGGCUAAAACAGAGCACUUUGUCGGCGCACACAUUGAGGAAAUUCCAGAGAACGCUGCUGAUGUGGCACACCUUUCCUUUCUCCAUAGUCCCACGGUCAUGAGUGGAAAUGACCUGCGCUAUACGGACAACUGCCGCUGGGCAUUUUUCAGGCACAGCUGGGAGGCGGAGUGGCAACCAGAAUCGGAGCCCACCAGCCACUGUUCCUGCAUGCUUCUGACCCACCGUGCGCUGCUUUUUGGCAAACACUUCCCCUUGCUAGAUCUGCAUGUUUCAGCCAGGCAGGUGGGUCCUGGGUUAGUUUUCAUGACCUUCAACCAUGCUUUCCUGGGCAAAGGGUUGAUCGUUCACAGCGUUACACCUCUAGAGCCUCUUCUCCAGCACGUGGUCCACCAGAUAUACUUUCCGCGCAACGUGCCAUCCUUCAUUGCCAAGUUGAUCCUGUGGGCCGAGGGUGUCCAGUUUGAGCGGGAUGUGAUGAUCUGGAAUAAUAAGAAGUUCCUCUCCAAGCCACUGCUGGUGAAAGAAGACACCGCGAUCCUGAAGCACCGGCGCUGGUUCUCCCAGUUUUAUAGCGAGAACAGUGGGAAGCUCAAUGCUCAGAAGUGCAAGCUGGAUUGGUGACUGCCCCCACUUAGUUUUAGAGCCCACCCAAUACCUUCUUCCACUUGUAGGGCCCACAACCCCGUGGGAGGAAGGGGUGAAUCUUAGUUUGAGGAGCAAGGGAAGUUCCUGGGCCAGUUCAAGCAGAGAUGGGGGAGAAUUUGGCUCACGCAACACUUGCGUUGGUUUGGGGUCAGGCUCAUUUUUAUUCCUGAAGCAUUUGGAGUGGGUGCCCCCCCUGAAGAAGACCCCAGCAGCUGCUUUUUGCUGGUGCUUAUGAUGGCCAUGAGUUCCUUUUGCUUGUUUGCCUCUUGACAAAACUGAGAACAUAAACUUUACCCAGGAUCCUGCUUUUCAGCCUCAAGUGCCUUUGUAAGCUUGAGAAGAAAGCUUCUACCUGUCUGUAGGAUAUUUUGCUCCACAACAGGGGCGUGGAGUAGGAACGCUGCCCCCAGCAGGAAGGACAGACUGAGGGAGAUUUGUUGGUGGGAGGAAACAUCCAGAAGUCGACAAGGCGAGAUUUUUCAAACCUCUCCUUUUUGUUACGCUAGCGGGAUAGGAGCAAAUCGACCCAACUUUUCUUUCACUGCUCAUUUUGUUAAAGAAAGUAUGCUUGGAAAUAAGAUUCCCCCAACUCAGCAGAGCAUAAAUCGGUCAAGAACCAAAGCACUUUUGCAGGUAUGACUUUUAAUUAAACCCUGUUCAACUGGGUGGUGAAGAAAAACACAUCCAGAGUGUGGAGGAAGU